AUGGUUGAUUGCGUCGAAAGCCUUGGAGAAGUCCAGGAACACCCCAACAGUACCGAUGGCCAUAAUGUUUCAUCAACAAGAGCCCAUCAGGAAAGAGCUCUAGGAGGCAGAGAGGAAUCGGGUAUUCCUGAAAUAAUUCGACUCGAGAAAUAUGGCAUCGAAGUUAAAAUACCACCAAACAAAGUUUGCAGUGCAAAGGAUAUUACGGUCGAAGUGAUUGACAAUGUUCCACCAGAGUUGAAGAUCAAAGAAACAGAAGCAAUUAUUACAUAUGGCUUAAAGAUGAAGGCGCCUCCUAAUUCUAUUUUUGAAAAUCCAGUUCAAGUUACGAUGCCACACUCUGCCAUAUUCACGAAUCCAAAGAAUGCGGAAAUAAUUACAUACUAUCGGAAAAACGCUUCCGAUGAGUUUGUGGCAAUACCAUUUACAGGAGAUAUUGGUCAACGGUGUGUGGUAAGAAAGAGGGAUCUCGAUAUAUUCUUGGAUCACUUCUGUGAAUACUGGUUCGUGUCUGUCUUCAUGGCAAUAUUCAUUGGAAAACGUCUCGUCUGUACGCCGUAUGUUCCGUUGCCACCAAUUCCAAUGGAGAUCCAAAUACUGUGUGUCCAUGUAAGAGAUGAACAAAAGAAAGAGGGAAAGGCUCCGACUGGAUAUACAGCUCCGUUCGAAGGAGAUCAAUUUCUGUUUAUGUGGGGAUCAGGCCAAUGGAGAUUACUUGUCAAGAAACAACCAGAGGAGAUUCUACAAAGGUAG